AUGACAUCAUUGGAGAAACAGUUGAAUAAUCUGCGUACAGCAGUUAGUGGACAACUUGGAGUGGAACGACCACAUGUAUCAUUGCUUUUUGAUAAGAAAGAAGCGAGCUCAUUAUAUGUGGAAAAUGCAUUACAAAUCGGGCGUGUCGGACUAGCAGGACUACGAAAAGUUGAUCCGAAAAUUGCCCUCAAAGAAGAGGACCUAUUUGACGAUGCAGCGGUUAACGUGCAACGUGUACUUCUGACAAAAGAAGAGAAUAUGGUGCUUGACGAGAAACUUGAAAGAAUGAUCAUACAGCUUUCUGCUUACUUGCAUCAUCUAUCAGCUAAGCAGAUCCUGGAGUGGUUGAUAUUUCAAUUUCAUGUGCAAAGUUUCAAUGCCGAAACAUUAUUUAUUGCUUUCUUACCAUAUCACAAUUCGAAUAUCUUUGGGCGAUUACUCUCAAUACUCGAUUUAAAAGGAUUGGAAUAUGACUGGGUUAAGGGUUAUGCCAGCUCAGAAGCACCUAUUCCAAUGACAAAAUUGGUCGUCAUUUGUACUUCAAGAAAUCACUCGUUGCUCAGUCUUAUACAUAACCAUAUUGAGCGUGUCAGAGAGCUAUUCAAUGCGAAGUUUGUUGAAACAAAAUUGCCACAUUUAUUCACUUUUUAUGCUUCAAUCUGUGUACAUCUUUUGGCAAAAUCCGAUGUAACGGAUGCUUUAGUUUCGAAAAUGUUGCCUUUCCUAGCCAGAGGCUUAACGUCAGAUUUAGUUUCUCUGCGGUUGGCAUGUCUUACUGUAAUAAGCCAGCUUUGCACAAAUGUAAAAUUGGUCUCCAACAAGCUCGAUCCAAUGAUUAAACUUAUCUUACUAAAAAUGGACAAUUAUACGAUGAAGGAAUCAAUUGACACUUUGGUAGUCAUUUAUCAGCGUCAAGAAAUAACCACUUUUCCACUGACAUUGAAGACCGCUUUAAAAAUUGCCAGAAAGGAUGGAUCCCUACAUAUUUCAGAAUACAUAAAUUCCUUAUUUUCUAUUACGGAUAUGCGGAAAUUUAUUGGAGCAUUUGCACAUACUUUUAUUCCAUUGCUUUCAGAAUGUGAUAAGGAAGAAAAAGUGAUGGAAUUGUGCAAUUUCUGCAUCAAUUGCUUGGAUUUAACCGCACUGAACGAUUGCAUGUCCGAAAUAAUCCUGAGUUUGGUAUUGGAAUUACUAUCAGAAGUGAAUAAUACUGAGAAAAUUUCGGAUACUUUUUACAAGCAUAUACGUGCUUUGGUAUUUAGAUUUCCGAAUGCUUUUGCAACAGUCAGCUCGGAGUGGAAAGUGCGCGAUCAGAGCGUUUAUAAUAUGUUGCUGAAAGCCUGUAAAUUUGAACAGUAUGAGAUAAAAGCAUUCGAAGUGGUUCCAAUAGAAAAAAAAAGGCGACGUCGACGCCGUAGCAGCAAUAAAAGUAGUACAGGUGAAGAAAGUAGUCAAUCUUCAUCUCAUAUUUCCAAACCUGCAUUGAAAAGAAAACGGCCAGAAGAAAUUAAGCAAGAGCAAUUGAAUUCAGUUCGUGAACCGCCCAAAAUCAUAUUCAAAGGUGAUCCAGUAGAUAAAUUGAUUGAUAUAAUUAAAGCUGAAGACUGGCCUCUUGCUGAAGCAGGUCUAGAGAAAUUAACUACUCCUUCUUACUUGAGAAACCGGAUACCGUCUGACUUUGAAAUUUUUUUCUCAAAAAUGGUCGCUAUUGUACUAGCAGAAGGAGCGCGUCUGAAAACUGCAAUAAAAAAGGCUUUAUCACAACUGCCGAUGGAUUCUGAUUUUGCACUUUCUUUACUGAAACCUUAUACGGAAUCGAAGAAUGCUAGGCGAAAUCGUGAUAUAUGUCAUUGGUCUUGCUUUAAAGACGAAGAUACUGAAAAAUUUGAAAAUAGACGUCUUUUUGUAUUGGAGUUAUUGCUCAUAAAUCAUAAUCUGCAAGCAUCGGCUAAACUAUUCCAUCAACUCUAUGAAAUUUUGAAGGGAGUUAUGCAGAAAACUGACGAAGACAGUCACUAUUUGGAGCAGCUUAUUAUCAAUUUCAUCGUAUCCUUGGUAAAAAAUCCUCGUGGUUAUAAGGUGUUAGCUGAUGAUUUACAACUAGAUACAAUUGUUGAUAUUGUUCGUCACACUCACAAUCAUCGAAUUCUUCGAGAUUGCUUGCAGCUGCUUACAUGUGCUGUGACUGUUUCGCCUAAAAAAGUGUUGGCACAUCUGAUGUCUGUUUAUACAUUUAUGGGUGAUGGAGUACUAAAGAAGGAUAACGAUUUAACAUUGAGUGUAAUUGAGGAGACGCUGAAUGUGUUAUUUUCGACUGUUAUGAACGAAAAGGAUCAGUCAUUUCGCGAACAACUAGUAACAAUUUCUCGGCUAUUUGCAGCAUCGAUUACUGAUAUUCCAGCACACCGACGUGAUAGAAUUUUACGUGCUGUAGCUCGAUCUGCAGGAACGCAUUAUCUUUGGGCAGUGAUUGCCGUUCUUUUUGAGCGGUACUGUCUGAAUUGGGCUAAAAAACCAGAAGGUCGAACUUCAACUGAAUUAUAUGAGGAAAUGUCAACUAUAAUGGUAUCGGAAUAUGAUGCUGUGGAACAACUUUCAUGCACAGCAAAUAUGAUAAAAUAUAUUAUCAAAUUAGGAGGUGAUUUCUCAGUUUAUGAAAGCUCAGCUGCAACCGUUACUCAGAAGGAGAAUUUUUUGUUGAAAAUCUUCGAUCGAACGAAACAUUCAGUUCAAAAAUUGCGACAUUAUCGUUUUGCAAUAUUGGGUUGGAUUGCUAGGCUUUUAGAAAGUGAUGAAUUUAAAACAAAGUUAGUAGCUGUUGGUGAUAACUCAUAUAACAGACUUCUUGAAACUGCUAAAGUUCUUCUGUUUUGUUCCGUUGAACUUGACGAUUUCAUCACUGUGGAGGCAUCAGAUGCUGAGAAAGGUAAUGCACAAGGAAGUUCAGGCCAGCAGAACGCAAAUAAUUGCAAAUAUUGGAUUGCUGUUUCAUCACGUGCAGAUAUCGUCAUUGAAAAGUUUCAAAAUUUGCUGCCGAGUAAUGUUUGUGGGCAUAUUGUCGCGGAUGUUUUGGAGCAAACUGCAACCAUUCCAAAAUUAAGGGAUCGAGCGUUACAGUUUCUGAACGCUAAACUGCUACAAGAUGGUUCAUAUAUACGUACGGUGAAAGUGGAUCACUUGAAUAGCUUGAUUACAAAAUUUAACUCUUGGUUAAAACCAAUUGAAGAAGGAUUUGAUGUUGAUCUUUGCCAGAAAGCAGCUCAUACAUUGAAACUGGUGGCACGUAAUAUGACACCUUCAGCAGGUUUCAUGUUGUUAUCUGAAACACUAGAAUUAACUGUGGAAUUGCUCACUAAUCGUGAUAUGCACGAUGAAGCGGUGAUAGGUAGCUUACUUUUAUUAGCUGGUGAAUUAAUGCGCUUUCAACGUGUAAAAAAUUCCAUUCUAUAUGCAAAUGCUCUGACGACAGUCUGCACUGAAAUUCUUUUUGCUGUACUUGAAACACAAAAUGUGAUUAGAGCUAGUAGUCAACAGCAGGCUAAUCUGUCAAAAGAUGGUAUUUUAUCCGGGCGAAGACGUCGCAUCCAACACUCAAUGAGUGGACGCUAUGUUUCAAGCACUGACGCACUAUUAAUUUGUUCACUGGUGUGUUUACAGCGGAUUUUAGAAAAUUUCGCUCAAUUUAUUUUCAAGCAUUUAUCACCCAUUCUUAUCAUUAUUUCACGGUUAUGUUGCAUCUGUGAUUACAUACCCUUAACGGAUUGUUCCACUCAGCCAAAUCAACCGGCGAAUAAAUUUUCAGCUGUGCAACAACGAAUUUCCUACAUAUGUCGCUCAUUGUCGAAAAUGGAGCUAAGAGUUGUUUUAGAUGCUUUUGAUGAAGCCUGCAAUACUUUGAUAGUUGAACCGGCAACUGUGGGUAUACUUUUCAAGAUAUUUUCGUUGCUUAAUGAUAUUAAAAAUAGAGAAAUAUUGCUAAAAUUCGUCGUUCAUGUGUGCGAUAUAUAUUUCCAUGGCCUUGAUAUACGCCCAAAUAAUGCGAAAUUAGGAAAAAGUGAUGCCAUCGAUAGUGCUGAACUAAUGAUUAUCGACAGCUUUUUGGAGGUUAUUGAUAAUUUGUCUGAAAAUGAAUUCCGGACGGUGACCAAAUCCAUCCAUACGCGUUUACAGGAUGCCCUAUCACCUAACGCCAAAAUAGAAAUGCGUUAUCGUUCGAUCACGACAUUUAGAUUUUUAAAUCGCUUCUAUGAAUCGUAUAAGAAUUUAUCAUUACCACAUUUUGGCCGAUUUUUUGGUUUCUUGCCGGAUAUCUUUUCGCGAUGCAAUUCUUAUACAACAGAUUCUCAGUCACUGAUAUUCUACGAUGGCGAAGAUUCAGCUAAUAUUGCUGCUAUUUCAGUUGAUUAUUUGUUGACCGUUGUCAUUGAUUUUAUAACGAAUUGUGCUCGUCAUCCAGCAUUUUUCACUUCAGAACGUGCAAACAUCGUGCUAGAUUUAUUGGUGAAUGAAUUAGAAAAUAAAGAUAUACCGGGUCAUGAGCUUCGUUGCGUACCACAUCUAGCUGAAUGCUUCUAUAAUAUUAUCGAUUGCCAAAAUGAAGUUCUUAUGGAUGUAAUUAAUAAAAUCAUGUUGAAAACGCGGAGUCGAAGUUCGAAGAUUCGUUAUCGUACGUUAUUAGUUUUGGAAUGGUUAUUCGAGCAUAUGGGUGAUGCGGUUGCACCAACGUUACCAUCAGUGCUACCAUUCUUAAGUGAACUUCUUGAAGAUGACAAUCGAAAAGUUGAAAUGCAAUGUGAUGCAGUAAUUAGCGUUUUGCGAAAGAGCUUUGGCGAAGAAAUCACGGAGGGAUACGCUUAA